AUGGGCCCAACAGCGGAGGCAGCAUCACAGCGGCCCGCGACGCGGUUACCGGCGGCGGGGCGAGCACGAGUUUUGAAACGCCUUGGAAAUCGCAACAGUCUCGCUUUCGCUGUACACUACCUUAUUGUGGACCAAAUGGGAUUUUCAUUUAUUUUCAAAAACAAACAAAUCUCAUUUUAUUUCUUAAUAAAUAAUUGUUCGUAUAAUACAAAUAUAUAUGAUGUAUAUAAUACGGACAUCAUAUGA